GUUGCGCAGGCGCGGUGCUGCCGCUCCCUCCCCCGCCCGCCGUCGGCGUCGCCGGGUCCCGCUCGGUGUCUGGCGGCGGCGGCGGCAGCAGCGGCUGAGGGAAACGCCGCCGGUAACCGGGGGCCGCUCGUACUCCGGGAGGAGCCGCCCGCACCGUGGGGCCGCCCCACUCCCCCCCCCCCCCCCCCCGCCCGCCCGCCCGGGGCUGCCCGGCCCCCGCACGCCCGCGGGGCGCAGGAGAUUCAGUUUUAGAGGUGUGUGGAGGCUGUUACCACUUAUCUUAGAAUAUUCGAACUAGAUACCAGAUUUUUAUCAGUGGAGCUGAACAACGAUAACUCUUUUAAAAAGCAGUCUUUCCUCCAGUGAGGAAAUUGAAGGGCCAGUCCUUUCUCCAGGGUAGUCCAGGAUGGCAGACCAGAGGCAACGUUCGCUCUCUACCUCCGGAGAAUCGUUAUACCAUGUGCUGGGGUUGGACAAGAAUGCCACUUCAGAUGAUAUCAAGAAAUCAUACAGGAAACUGGCAUUGAAAUAUCAUCCUGAUAAAAACCCGGAUAAUCCGGAGGCAGCAGAAAAAUUUAAAGAGAUCAAUAAUGCACAUGCAAUAUUGACCGAUGCCACAAAGCGAAACAUUUAUGAUAAGUAUGGUUCUCUGGGUCUGUAUGUAGCAGAGCAGUUUGGUGAAGAAAAUGUGAACACAUACUUCGUGCUAUCCAGCUGGUGGGCAAAGGCCUUGUUUGUGUUCUGCGGGCUCAUCACGGGCUGCUAUUGCUGUUGCUGUCUGUGCUGCUGCUGUAAUUGUUGCUGCGGGAAGUGUAAACCUAAACCCCCCGAAGGUGAGGAGCAGGAAUACUACGUCUCUCCAGAGGACUUGGAGGCACAGUUGCAGUCAGAUGAAAGGGAGGCCUCAGACGCACCUAUUGUGAUACAGCCAGCAUCAGCCACAGAGACAACCCAGCUCACAGCUGACUCUCACCCCAGCUACCACACUGAUGGAUUUAAUUAAGUUAAGGAAACACUGUAAUUAGAAUGGAUAAAAAAAAAAAAAAAAAAAAUACACGGCCAACUCAACACUAGAAUCAUGAACAUUAGAAGUAGAGAAUGGGGAGGGGGAAUAAUUCUGCCACAGUAAGAAGGCAGCUUUCCAACCUGCCGAAAAUAUUUUGUAAUCCCUUCAGCCUUUUGUCACCUUUCAGUGUCGUAUCUUGAUGAUACGUGAAGUGCUGUAGCAUGCAGUAUUUAAAGCAGUUUAGCUACGGUCUUAUUUGUUUCCUUUUUUUUUUUCUCCCCCUUAUUUUUUUCUUUUUUUAUAGCAUGUAUGGAGUUACGUUAAAUGUCUGUGGUGUAAUGUAUUGAGUUGUCACAAUAUAAGUGUGAUGGAGACAUUCUGCAUUUUAAGCAGUGGUACUGGCCUAAAAAUGAGAUUUAAAAAGUUUCACAGAAGCCACCGUUCUUCGGUACAGCUGAGCUGUUGAAGACCUUAAAAGUUCAUGGUUUUCAUUUGAGUGCAACAAACCAAUUCUUCUAUUCCUCCUUCUAUUCCUGCGUUGUUAUCUAGUCAAGUUUACAAAGCCAAGAACCAAAAAAUGCCAGUCCUGCAGAGCUGGAGUUCUCUUUAAUGCUGAUUUUCAGCUUAAAUAAAUCUACCUUGAAAAAUAAAAAGGGAGAGUUUCCAAUCUUUGAACAGUAAAUUGAUGAACAGCUCUUUAUGUGUAAGGCGAUCUUCAGUGACAGUGUAACCACAAACUGUAGUUUGCCACAAAACCAGCUGUGAAUGGGCUUGUGUGGUGGUGGUCGUGGGAUUUUAACUUCAAGCACAAUUCUGGUUUGGUUUGAGUUCAGUCAUCUUUCUGAAAUGCUGAAGACCAAAUAACGCAGCUUGCUUUGAAUGCAUGAGAAUCUUAAAGUGAAACUGGGUAAUUGAUUUUUACUGAGCGAGUAAAAUGCAGGCAGUAGGCAACAACAUAAAUGUUUUUUAAAAAAAAAUAAUUGGUUUAUAAAAAUUUGUUCUAAUAAUUUGGGAUUUUAAUAGACAAAUGGUGCAUUAUGUGUCUCUUUUUCAAGCUUUUAUAAUAUACCAGCCCUUUAAUUUUCUCAUGAACAUCUUUGUGGAGUACGUAAAUGGAUUUUUUAAGAACAAAAUACCUUUCUUUGUGUUUAUAUUGUAUAAUUUGCACAUUGUCUUGCAUUUAGAUUGUUUACACCAGUGUUUUUCUUCUCCUCAGAACAAGUAUGGGGAAACCAUUGAAAGGUUCCCUGUACUAUUUUGAAACCAAAUCGUAUCUGAAUACUGCUCUAGAAACUGUGGUUUAUUGAGAUUUACCUGUCAAAAAAGCAUUUUAGGCAGCUGUUGAAUUGCUGGUAUAUUUUGUUGUUAAUAAUCCUGUUUUAGAUGAUACAGAGUCAGGAUCCAGAACAGCUACCAGAGAACCUACACUUGGCACUUUUAGCAGUUAAUUACAGCCUCUUCAAUUUUGAUCUUUGUGGUUUUAUAUCACAAUGCCUCUACUGUCCUUUGGAUCACCCUCAUCUCCUCUUUUCAGUUUUCACCUGUUUCUGUUGAGAGGCUAUUUACAGCCUCCUGCCCGGUGUUUGCUGCUCUUUGACAAGAUCCAGGUGUUACUUUUGAACUGGGUAAAGCACUGGCGGGCUGUAAGAAAACCACCAGAAAAGGAAGGAGACUCUCCUGCCAGAGAAUUGUUCUGAAUAUACUUCCACGCUAUCUUUGCGUGAGCCGAAAAUGAUGGGAGCACGUAAAAUGCGACGUGAAACCGUGUUAAAUGGGCUGGGGGGGGGGGGGGGGGGGGGGGGGGGAAAGUCGUUAACGUGGUCUCAAUGCUGAGUGAAGGAUGUUUGCAAAUUCAGACUUUCCUGUAGCUGUUGGUACAAGCACAUCUUUGUUGCCUGCAUGUGAGCUUGUUGCAAAUAAGCAUGCUUGUGGUACCACAUCAGGUCCCAGACGUUCAAAAGGGGGGGUUACUUUUAAUGAGCUGGCUAGGUUUCAGUAGCACACUUCAGUCGCUUCUUCCUUGUCUGUAGUCCUUUCAGACCUGAAACUCGGUGGCUUACUGGAAGAUACUUUUCACUUUUUCCGUCUGGAAAACUCUCUUGGGUGGCCUUGAGGACAGUCGUGUAUGAUUUAGCUUGAGGUCCUUGUUUGAUUAAAGUCUUUAUUCGACUCCUUGGAAUGAAAAGCAAUUUUUUAGGCUUAAAAAAAUGAUGUCAUGUUGACUGUCCUUGUAGAUUUUUGCCUGAAGCCUGUUCUUGUUGUUGAAUUGCACGCUGGAAUAUGCUUGGAUACCUGCAGGCUUUCUCCCCUUGAACCUCACCGGUGAAAAUCGCCCCGAUCUGUGCAAAUUAUGUUCUUGGUAAAAAAAAAAAAAAAAAAAAAAGCAGCAUUAGGGUUUUUUUUUCUUUUGGCUUUGGAAACGAGCGUAGUUGUCCAGAGUGACUCGUUCGAAUGAGGAAAAGGCUGUUGCCCCUGUACUGUGGUUCUUCAUGCCCCGUGUCCCCACGUUCAUCUCGACGGGUAACACAAAGCCACUUGUUCUGGCCGUUGCUCCACCGCGGAGCAGCUGUGACCCUCGAUGCUGGGGGGGCUGGUUGCCGGCGUUAAUUUGGAAAAACACUUAUUUCUUACCCCCCUCCGGGCUACUUCCACUGAACCAGAAGGGCUGGCGGGAGGCUGGGGCUCCGGGGAGGUGAGGGAUGCGCCUGGAGUCGCUCAGCAGGCCCCUGACUUCGGAACCGAGCGAGGGGCAGAGGAGAUACCGCUGGGGAAGAGACAACAUCCAGGAUAAAUUUGCUGGUUUAGUUCUUCGCUUAGCAAGGCAGGAGUUUGAGAGAGGCUGCUUUCCUUUCAGCCGUGUCUGUGGGUGGUGUGUGAACGGUAAAUUAGUCUGUAUGCUGGUACAUGCCAGGACGAUGAUACCCGCUCCGAGGGAAACUACUCCGAGAUCCCAGUCACAGGGAACGACAGGAAAAACACCUUUUUAGAUGAAUAUUCAUGUUUUUUUUAAAAAUGUUUUAAGUUUGCCCAUGUUACUCUGUAAUCUCUGAAUUUAAGUUUUUUUGUGUAUUUCACGUAGUUCUUCUUGAACUAUAUAAGAAAGCUAUUUAAACACGGUGUCUUUAAAGCAAAACUUGUGUCAUCGGAGGAUAAGUAGGUUAAUGCCAAAUUUUUUUGCUGCUCCUGUACGUGAAGUACAAGAGUAUCCCAGGCUCUAACGCGAGUUGCACUUUAACCCAGCCAAGUUGAAUCCUAGUAAAUGCAAAGUUGCAUUGGAAAGAAUGGUUAAAAUCCUGGCGCAGGAGGUCACUGGGCGGUUCCGCGCCUGGGCGGGUGGAGCUGCCGCGUCCCCUCCAGAGCCGCUCGGCGCUGCAGCCCGCUACCUGGCUUACAUGCAGAAUGUUUCCUUCCAAAAUUAAACCCGAGCCCUGUUGAUUCUCUGCUCAGCGCGUUGCCAGAAUUAAAACUUGAGCUUUGAUUUUUUUUUUUUUUUUUCCCCCCCCCCCCCCUCCUGCUGUGUGUUUUGGUUUUGUUUCUUAAAAUUGUAUCGUGUUUUUUUUUUUUACAAGUUGCCUGAGACCUACGUUUCAGUAGUUCGGCCACCUCCAUCCAGCUCAUCGAACCUCUUCAGCGCCGGUUCCCUUAGCACUUGUAGCCCCUCCUGACGAGGAGGGGUGUCGGGGAGAAUCUGAUCGGGGGAGCUUCUGCUGGCUGAUGUUGGGGACCACUGACUUUAUUCCCGAGCGGUGCUGUGUGGAGAGCUGUUGGUAGCUUAGGGGGAGCACCUGCCUGGCUGCAGAGAGGGCUCAGGUCCUGCCCCCCACUGUCCCCCCCCCGUCCCCCCCGAGCUGCUGGGGAGGAGGUGGUGGUGCUGGACCUGCCCCGUCGGGGCAAUUCCCACCGCACUGUAGUACAACCAGUUGUACGCUUCACUUGAAGUGAAUGAAGGGGCGUUGCACCCGUUAAAUGCCAGUUUCAUUUUGUUAGCGACGUUUGUAGGAAAUUCUUAAAUAUUUAUCUGUAUAUAAAUUUGUUCCUGUAAACCUCCGUGGCGUCUGAUAGGGUGUAGAUUUCCGCUGAUUCCACGCAGCGAUGGUUUAGAGCCGUGUUACCUUUUCAGUCUUAUUUUUAGAUUUGUAAUAUUUUUAAACUGCUUUAGAUAUUAGCGCUCACGGCGUUCUUGAAACGUGAUGCUCGUUGAGGUUCAGGUGGGCACAGCCCACAGAACAGAAGCGCCGGCUGAGGAGGAGGGCUGGAGCACGGGCCUGCCAAGCACCGAGUCCUGCCGCAGCGCUCUGCUCGGGGAGGGGGGGAGCGCAGCUUCCAAACCCUUCGUGUCCGCCGAUAAACUCUGGGUGUAACCAGGGCGGGAGCCUGACCGGAGAGAUAUCCCUGUCCCAUCCAUAAAGCGGUCGUGUUGUGGUGCAGAGGGACGCCGGCGUGCUUUGGGGGGGGGUGUGUGUGUGUGUGGGGGGGGGUUACAUCAGAGCAUUUGGACCACGUGCGCUCCUUGAGAGCGGUCCCCGCUUUUCUCAGCUGGUUCGUGCCCAUUGUCUGUCCGGUGUCCUUGACGUUUCCCGGAUAAUGGAGGAAAUGUGUUUGUGCUGCGGGUUUUUUUUUUUUUUCUCUCCGAUGCAACCGGGCGUUGGCGGCGUGUUUAGCAGGACACGCUUGCGAGGUGGUCAGGGAGGCUUCUGCAGCCCCCCGCCGCGCGCUGAUAAUUCUGGGUGCUCUUUAAAUACGCAUCAAUCGCAGAGCACUGAACCCUAACCCCCCCCCCCAGUACAAGUGUUUGUAGUGUGAGGUUGGUAUAAACGUAACAUGCUUUAAUCAUUUGAUGCCGCUUCUCCGUGUUAUAGUGGAAAUCAUCUAGCUUGUAGCGUAUCAUUACACCGACAACUGCUUUUAAAAUACCUUGAAAGCAAUGUAACUGAUAGCUAACGAGGUGGCAGGAGAUUUCUCAGUGUUCAAGUCCUGCAAGACCCGUGGGCUGCUCCGCGUCCUGCGCUGGGAGGCUUUAUGUGCUCUCCGGGACCCGGCAAGACUGAAAUUCCCGUUUCCUUCCGAGAAGAUGCUUCCUUUGCAGGAGGGAGCCACGUGGGGGAAGCUGUCUGUCUUUGACGUUUGCACAAGCCAAAUGCCGUAAAUGUGGAAGACAAACCUUCAUUUGGAAAUCAAAUGCCAACGUGCCGGGCACGGUUAAUUGUGUCAUUGAAAGGAUAGAUGCUGGGAAUUUCUGGUGGUUUUUUUAUAUAUAUAUAUAUAUAUAUAUGUAUAUGUAUAGAGGAAGCUCUUAUAUAAAAUGGCCAUUCAUUCUCGAGUGCUGUUGUCUUCUCUGCUCCCUCUCCCCCACAGCCAGCCGUGUGGGUGUACUCUUGCAGUCUGUGAGCGGUUGCUUCUCAUACCCUGCCAAAAAAAAAAUAAAAAUAAAAAAAAAUAAUAAUUUACUUGAAUUCCACGAGCUGCCCCUUGUCCCCGGCCCCCCCGGCCGGAGCUGGGCGCUGCUGCUCCGGCUUUCCUUCGGCAGGAACCCAGCGGAGGGCAGGGCCCGUCUCUGGGAUGACGUGGGUCUGUGCAGGGCGGGGGGUGUUCUAAAUGUGGUCGAUGUGCUCAGCGCCAGAGCUGUGAUAGAACACAUUGGUUUGGGGUUUGUUUGUUUGUUUUGUGUUUUUUUUUUUUUUUUUUUUGUGUCCUCAUACUGAUUUUCACCACGUUGUACUGGCCGCGGUGGGACCGGGUGAGCUCAGAGCAAGGUCCAAGCCCGCGCUGUAGGCUUUGGAUUGCAACAUCACGUGUGUGUAUGUAUGUAUAUAUGCACAUAUGUAUAUAUUUAUACAACAGGUGUGCUCCUAGUACUUGCUGCUGUUUUUUCUUUGGUGGUAAAACCGUGAAAUUUGGCUCCAAGUCCCGCUGUGGACUCUCGGCCAGACAAGCGGAAGGUGUGAGUUUUGUGUGUCCGGAAUUGCGCUUUUUCCUUUCAGCUGCAGGAAAAAAACCAAACGAGGUCGGUCGGGUUAAAUGGCCGGUGAAGGAGCCGGUGGCAGGAUCCUGUUGUAUAAAUAAACGGGCGGUGCCAGUGGGAUCGCUGGGCCGUUUGGAAAGGAAAAGCAGUUUUCUACUCCCAGCUCUUCCCUCCUCGCUCGAGCGAGUUUACGCUCGAGCGGUGCGGCGUGUUUGCGCGGUCCGGUCCGGUGUCUGGGUUCGCAGCGCUGGCGGGUCGGGUUCGUGGGGGCUUGGGGAGUCACUGCAGGUCCCGACGGCGGAGGGAGGCAGCGGUCGGUGCGGGGGCGCGGCGGCUGUGCCCAGCGUACGUGUGAGUGCCACCAAAUCGCUUCCAGUCGCGCUGGGCAGAGCCCUCCGCUCGCCUUCCCCCGCAGGGGCCGUUUCCUGAUGUAGGAAACCCCAGGGGGGGUGUUUCUGCCCUGGGGGGGGAUCCCUGUGUCGCUUAGGCGUUUGAAGUUCGGGUUGUGCCCGUCGAGGUAGGCGAGCUCUGAGGUUUGCCAGGUCCCAAACGCUCGAGGUUGCCUCGCCUGGCUGCGUGCUGCCCGAGCCGGCCGCUGGCGUUCCUCCCUUCCCCCCUUUUUCCGGGGCUGCGUGCGGACCCUUCGGUUCGUGGGACCGCAGGCACCCGAGGCGGUUCAGGUUCGUUUUGCGUGUGAGCAAGGCCCUAAAAGUAAGGAAUUCAUCGUGGGGUUUGGUUGUGUCGGCCUCUUUGUGGAGCCCGAGGGAGCUGAGGACGCCGGGAGGGGACGCGUUCUGUGUUUGCACUGCACUUCGACUGGGGGGGGGGGUGGGAGGGCGGGGAGGGGGGGAGCCCACCUUUCAAAAAAGAAAAAAAAAAAAUAAAAAAACAAAACAACCCACAAUCGAAGUAUAAAUGCAUCUGAAAAGCAAUUAUAAUAUAGACAUAUAUAUAUUUUGUUAUGUUACUAAAGGACCAUAAUUUGAAUUGUAUGUAAGUAGAUGUGGCUGUCUGAACUUUGUGGAUUGUAACACUCGAUACUACUGAGCUCCUGUACAUACACGCAGUUACGGCGGAAGGAAUUAUUUUAUGUUUCAGCAUGGUAAUUUGUGUAUUGUAUGUCUGAAUAUAAACUAAAAUAAAAGAUUGCUAAGUUAUCUGAAA